UCCGACAUUAAAAUCGAAAGUAAACUGAAUGAGGAAAUAAAAAUCCUUCCUAACCUCGAGGGAUAUUGUUGAACAGGGAUCGUUGCUCUGUCUUGCCUGUGCAAACUUCUGUUAUUUGAAAAGUUAAACGUCUUUAUUCGUGCUUAACGUCAAAGUUUCGUUUAGACAUGCCGAAGACGUCAAGCCUGAAAAUAAGCAGCUCGGCUGCGGGUAAGGUGGAAAAGUUCCGCCAGUCGUUGUAUCAAGAGGCAGAGAAUCUGUUCUCCAGCUACAUCCCCCAGAAGGUCAUACUGAUGGAUGCUCUGCUACGGGAUGACGCGUUCAGUAUCACAGACAUGACUUCUCUCCAGGCUCCCCUGGACAUCCCCAUACCGGACCCUCCCUCUCAGGACGACGAGGAAAUGGAGACGGAUACGAAUGAAGACGAUGACAAGAAAAAGAAGAAAGCUCCAAAAUGUGGCUUCAUUAAAGGGAAUGAGAAGAUUCUGUCACUUCUGGAGCGGGUGAAACCAGAGAUUGUUGCUCUAAGAGAGACCAUCAUUGUUGUCUCAAGCUGGAUUAAUCACCUCAUUCCCAAAAUAGAAGACGGGAAUGACUUCGGGGUGGCCAUCCAGGAGAAAAUCCUGGAGAGAAUCACAGCUGUGAGGACCAAAGUUGACGGUUUUCAGACGAACAUCAACAAGUACUUUACAGAGAGGGGAGAUGCUGUGGCAAAAGCUUCCAAAGAGACUCAUGUGAUGGACUACCGCUCGCUCGUCCAUGAGAAGGACAAGGACAUCUUCUGUGAGAUCAGAGUGAUCGUUAUGGACAUUCGUGGCUUCUACGCCGAGCUUUACGACAUCAUCAACAAGAAUCUCGACAAGGUGACCAAUCCCAAAGGAGAGGAGAAGCCCUCCAUGUACUGAAGAUCAGGAGGGGCAGAUUCCACACUCACCGGUUUCUCUCUCUGAGUGGUUUCAGUACUAAUCAUCUCUCUGUUCAGUAAUAUUCAUGUUCAUCUGAAACAGUUUCUAAUUUUCAUUAGUCUCCAUAAACUCCCAGAAAAACAAAUGGAUGAACGUUUAACUCUGCUGUGUUAAGAUGGCACUUAUGUUUUUGCACUAAGAUAAAAAUAAACAAAGCUUGUUUUUCUCCAAA